GCUUUGGACCUACUGCGCAGGCGUCUUCCUGCCGUAACCUGGUCACCUUGGAGUGUUAGGAUGAUCUGCAAAAGUUACCAGCCGAGUCUGUUGGCUCUUCUCUCUCCCUUAAAGGGUUUGGGGACCAGGGAAGAACCCCAUGUGGCGUUUGGCUCUCUCCUCCUCCCAUUCGCCCCAGUCCCUCAUCGUUUGAGUCAGACGCUGGGGCCAAAAGUCUGGGAAAGCCGUAAGUCUGGCUGCCUGUUUAGCGUGUAGUAGUGAGUACUCGGUUUCCGGAGGUAUUUAAGCAAAGACUGGAGUUUGGCGGUGGUGGAGUAUAAGCCUUCCUAAACGGAAUAAUGUAGUAGACAACCCCUUUUAAAAGACCCUUCUACCCGUGAAGAGUAUGAUGUAGAGUUUGGUCGGAGAACAUCAACCUCCAGCAACAACCCCGCCGGCACUUCCUACUCAAAACUAAAAUACAGGAGAGAGUGGGUCAGUUUUCAGUAUCCGUGGCGUGACAGUCACUGAGGUAGAUCUGCAGAAGCUUCGCCCUAAUCACGCAGGGCGUGUCGGUACUUCCUCGUUGUCACGCCCUUGGUCUGCAUCCUCUAGGGCUCUUUGAGUACACGCCUCCUCGGAUGCAAAAACCUUUUCAGUUUCUAAUGGAGGCAGUUCCUCAUCAGCUACUCAGAACCAAGAAAAAUUUGCCAGAUCAAUCUCUGUAGAAACCCUUAUCUGGGCCUGGAAAUCCCGGGAGCAAGUGUCAAUUUGUCACUCCUUAAGGACAUGAAAGUCCCAGAAACUUGAUGGUGGUGAAGUGCUGGCGGUUAUUUAGAAAGACUGACAAUCUAAAAGAUCGCUUGGGGCCUUGGCCUGAGAUCUGGGAGCCUGUGAUGUGACUGGGAAGCCAUGGACGCAGCUGAGAAAGAGGAAAUCAGUGUUGAAGAUGAAGCUGUGGAUAAAAACAUUUUCAAAGACUGCAGCAAGAUUGCUUUCUACAGGCGUCAGAAACAGCGGCUCUCCAAGAAGUCUACCUAUCGGGCAUUACUAGACUCAGUCACAGAAGGCAAAGAGAGCACCAGGUUCCAAAUCAUCAACGAAGCAGCUAAGGUUCCUCUCCUGGCUGAAGUUUAUGGUAUAGAGGGAAAUAUUUUCAGGCUUAAAAUCAAUGAAGAAACACCCUUGAAACCCAGGUAUGAAGUUCCUGAUGUCCUCACAAGCAAGCCAAGCACUGUAAGGCUGAUUUCAUGCUCAGGGGAUACAGGCAGUCUUGUACUGGCAAAUGGAAAAGGAGAUCUGAAGUGUCACAUCACAGCAAACCCAUUCAAGAUAGACUUGGUAUCUGAAGAAGAGGUUGUGAUGAGCAUAAACUCCCUGGGCCAAUUGUACUUUGAGCAGCUGCAGAUUCCUCCCAAGCAAAGCAGAGCCACCAAGGAAAAUGAGGAGGAUACAUCAGAUGAUACCACUCAGGAAAAUCAAGAGGAACUGGGCCUGUGGGAGGAGAAAUUCAGAAAUUUUGUGGAUGUCAAAGAUAAUGGUCCUGCCUCCAUUGGUUUGGAUUUCUCCUUGCAUGGGUUUGAGCAUGUCUAUGGGAUCCCGCAACAUGCAGAAUCACACCAACUUAAAAAUACCAGUGAUGGAGAUGCUUACCGUCUUUAUAACCUAGAUGUCUAUGGAUAUAAAAUACAUGACAAAAUGGGCAUUUAUGGUUCAGUGCCUUAUCUCCUGGCCCACAAACUGGGCAGGACUCUAGGCAUUUUUUGGCUAAAUGCCUCAGAAACACUAGUGGAGAUCAACACUAGUGGAGAUACAGAGCCUGCUGUAAAGGAUGCAUUGACCCAGACGGGCCCAGUUGCUGUUAAACAAAAGGUCAGAUCUCAAACUGAUGUGCACUGGAUGUCAGAGAGUGGAAUCAUUGAUGUUUUUUUGCUGACAGGACCUACACCUUCUGACGUCUUCAAGCAGUACUCAUACCUUACAGGCACACAAGCCAUGCCCCCUCUCUUCUCCUUGGGGUACCAUCAGUGCCGCUGGAACUACGAAGAUGAGCAUGAUGUAAAGGCAGUGGAUGCAGGAUUUGAUGAACAUGACAUUCCUUACGAUGUCAUAUGGCUGGACAUAGAGCACACUGAAGGCAAGAGGUACUUCACCUGGGACAAGAAAAGGUUCCCAAACCCCAAAAGGAUGCAAGAGCUGCUCAGGAGCAAAAAACGUAAGCUUGUGGUCAUUAGUGACCCCCACAUCAAGAUUGAUCCCGACUACUUAGUGUAUGCUAAGGCCAAAGAACAGGGCUUCUUUGUGAGGAAUCAUGAAGGGGGAGACUUUGAAGGUGUAUGCUGGCCUGGUCUCUCCUCUUACCUGGAUUUUACCAGUCCCAAAGUCAGAGAGUGGUAUUCCAGUCUUUUUGCUUUCCCUGUUUAUCAGGGAUCUACUGACAUUCUCCACAUAUGGAACGACAUGAAUGAGCCCUCUGUCUUUAGAGGGCCAGAACUAACCAUGCAGAAGAAUGCCAUUCAUCAUGGCAACUGGGAGCACCGAGAACUUCACAACAUCUAUGGCUUUUAUCAGCAAAUGGCCACUGCAGAAGGACUGAUCCAACGAUCUAAAGGGAAGGAGAGACCCUUUGUUCUUACACGUUCUUUCUUUGCUGGAUCACAAAGAUAUGGUGCUGUGUGGACAGGUGACAACACAGCAAAGUGGAGUUACCUGAAAAUUUCUAUCCCUAUGUUACUCACCCUCAGCGUGACUGGGAUCUCUUUUUGUGGAGCGGAUGUAGGCGGCUUCAUCGGGAAUCCAAAGGCAGAGCUGCUAGUGCGGUGGUACCAGGCUGGAGCCUACCAACCCUUCUUCCGUGGCCAUGCCACCAAGAACACCAAGCGACGGGAACCCUGGCUCUUUGGGGAGGAGCACACCCGGCUCAUCCAAGAAGCCAUCAGAGAGCGCUACACCCUCCUGCCCUACUGGUAUUCUCUGUUCUACUCUGCACACGUGGCUUCCCAACCCGUCAUGAGGCCUCUGUGGGUAGAGUUCCCUGAUGAAGUAGAGACUUUCGGUGUGGAAGAUGAAUACAUGCUGGGAAGCGCUUUAUUGGUUCACCCAGUCACAGAACCAAAAGCUACUGUGGUUGAUGUGUUUCUGCCAGGAUCAAGUGAGGUCUGGUAUGACUCUAAGACAUUUGCUCAUUGGGAAGGAGCAUGUACUGUAAAGAUCCCAGUAGCCUUGGACACGAUACCAGUGUUUCAACGAGGUGGAAGUGUGGUACCAAUAAAGACAACUAUAGGAAGAUCCACGGGCUGCAUGACUGAUUCCCCAUAUGGACUCUGGGUGGCCCUAAGCACUAAGGGUUCUGCUGUGGGUGAAUUCUAUCUCGAUGAUGGUCAUUCAUUCCAAUACCUCCACCAGAAGCAAUUCUUGCACAGGAAGUUUUCAUUCGCCUCAGGUGUUUUGAUCAACAGUUGUGCUGACAAGAGGGGUCAUUAUCCCAGCAAGUGUGUGGUGGAGCAGAUCUUGGUCCUAGGCCUCAAGAAGCAGCCAUCUUCUGUGACCAGCCACUCACCUGAUGGUAAAGCUCAGCCUGUGGCUUUUACAUAUUGUGCCAGAACAUCCACCCUGAACCUGGAGAAGUUCUCACUGAACAUUGGUGCUGACUGGAAGGUCCAAAUCCAGUGACAGAGCAGUGCACCUGGUGACAAGUGAUGGGAGCAGCUGCACCUUUCUGCCUUUCCACAGGCCUUUUUUUGCGAUUUGUGCUGCAUGCUAUUGACUUCUCUGGCUCAAAGUCAUCUUUCAUAAGUCACCGGUUUACUAACGAACAAUAGCUUUCAGAUUUUUCAGAUGUUACAUUUUUAGAUGUGCUAAUAAUACUCUUUGUGUCACACACGCCCUCUUCUCCUACAUGCAAGUGGCCCAGAGACAUUUAUAGCGUUCACAGAUCUCGCAUUGCUCCUUGGGCCAUGACCUGUGGUAUGCACUCUGGCCCAGUGGGCAGUUUCUCUUUGAGCACAGCUGGAUGGGUUUGUUUUAUGUGAGAAGUGGGCCAAGCCCACCCACCUUGUGGAAGCUUGUCUCAGUCCAUGUGGCAGAGCCACUUGGGCUCCAGCAGCUGAGCUGCUCAAGGCCUAUCUCCAAGUGGACAGCAGCUUCUGGUGCCUCCCCACCCCAGUUAUCUUUUACCCACUUAAACCUGGACAAGACAACCUUUUCUGCUUGGAGUGUAUUCACUGCAGCAACAGGGAGUUACUCUACCCUAGAGACUGACUCAGGAACACAAAGGACUCUUUUCCCUGUCAUGUUUUUUGGGGUCCAAAGUUCCAAAUUAAUCUCCUUAAAAUUUUAAUUUCUUUAUACUAAUUUUUUUAUUAAAUACUGUCCACUAACCAAAGCUUAUUUGUAAUAUGAGUAAGCUAUAAUUUAAAAUAAUAAAAUAAUUACCCAUGUCCCCACCCUCAAACUUCAGAAAUAGAACACAGGGCCGGGAUGAGGGGGAGGCAAGUAAGGCACUUGCCUGGGGCACAAAAUUUAAGGGGAUGCCCCAAAUCACAGUAAUCAAAAUAAAUAAUAUUUUAAUGCAAUAUUUUUAAAAAUCAAAAUUAACAGCAGGGCUUCCCUGGUGGCGCAGUGGUUGAGAGUCCGCCUGCCGAUGCAGGGGACGUGGGUUCAUGCCCCGGUCUGGGAAGAUCCCACAUGCUGCGGAGCAGCUGGGCCCAUGAGCCAUGGCUGCUGAGCCUGCGUGUCCGGAGCCUGUGCUGUGCAACAGGAGAGGCCACAACAGUGAGAGGCCCGCAUACCGCAAAAAAAAAAAAAAAAGACAAAAUUAACAGCAAAAAAAAAUCCAUGAUGAACAAAAUAUCAAAAUUUUAAAUAAGGACAGGAUCGAUAGUACUGCGUUUUACUUUUGCCUCAGACUCUAGUACAGCGUGGCGUGGGCUAGAAGACUACACUAUGCCAGUUCCCCAGGAUGCUCCCCAGGGACACCCUGCGGCCGCAGCAUCUGCUGGGGCAGUCACAUGUCCUCAGCACUGCUCAACAUGCACAUUUGCUUAUCAGGCUUCUUCCACUCAGCAGCUUGCCAACUGUCACCUCUAUGCCUCUGUUCCCUGGGUCCCAAUAUCCACGGUCUGCCCUCCACCUAUGCAAAUCCUACCAUCCAUCCAGGCCCAACUCAAAUCCCACUUCCCCACAGAGCCUUUCUGACUACCCUAACACCCUCAACUCCCCUUUACUAUGAGCAGUGAUUUUGCCCUUCUCUGAAAUGCUGCUCCACUUAUGAUAUGCGUUCUGCUUAGCAUUCUCAGGGAUGGUGCCUCAGUGUUUCAGGUUUGUCUGUCUUGUUCCCUUACUAGAUUGUAUGUUCUUCAAGAUCAUGUUAUAUUUGUCUUAUAUCUGCCAGAGCACGAUUAUACUUGGCUUUUAGUAAUGGUUGGCUGUAAUUGGUUGACUGAUGGAUUUAUUUAAAAUUGAGAAUUGAAUGUAUUUGUUUCUAAUUUACUCUUCUGACCUAGAACUCUUCCCUCCAGAUAUAGUAAACAUUACACAUUUCCUCAUGGACACAUUUGAUUGUAUCAGUUGAGAUUUGAGCUUUGCACCAUAUAUAAGCGCACAUAGACAUAUACAGAUUCUUUGCUCCUAUUUCUGUAAGUUUUGCAAUUAAGGAGAAAGGAAGAAGCCUCCAUUAGCUGAAGUCCGACUUCCCAGCUUCAAGUUUCCCUUGCCAAGCUGCAGUAAGACUUAAACUGAAAACUGAAUGCUCUUACCUAAUAUAAAUGAUGGUUUUUAACAGCACUUAAGGCUGAAUAAUUAAGACGUAUCUUCAGUUCAACAUUUAUUAUGUGUCUAUUAUUCAUCCAUUUAAAAUAUUUUGGGAGGAAGGAAGGAAAUAAGAACUUUAGAGUAGGUUAGUGAGGAACUGCUCUGUCUUGACCCAGAGCUAUCCUGAAAGGUUUAACUAGAUACAUUGAAUGGAGAGAAAUACAUCCUGGGUGUUCUUAAAUGUUAUCUGCUCUUAUUGCUUCUCACACUUUACCCCCCUCCUAUAUCUGAAGCUCAGGACCAGAGAGCUAAGCGGGGCCGAGUUGGCCUACAGUGUUGAGUUACCUUGUUGUGGCUAAUUCUCGAUAGGUUUUCUCAGGAAACUGGAUUUUAUGUAAGAACUUAGAAUCAUUUUAACAAAGAUUCAAACAAAGCUCUAAAAUGAAUAUAUAAUGUGUCUUUCCUUUAAGACUUAAAUGCCAAGGAAUGAGUUGACGAAUCAGUUUAAACGUUAGAAACUGCUCAAAAGAAAUAUGGGCAAAGGUAAUUCAUAAAAGAAAUUGAAAUAGGCAAAAUAAGCAUGAAAUACGCUCAGCAUUGUUAAUAUUCAGAGAAAUGGGGGUGUCCAUGAUUGGCCACGAUUAAAAUGAAAAUGCUAAUGCUGGUGUGGAGAAUAGGCAUUUUCGUACACCAUUGGUGGAAUUAUGCUAAGUAUAAUCUUUCUGGAUGGCAAUCUGGCAAUAGCAUCAAAAUUUUAAAUUUGCUUUAACCCAGAAAUUCCACUUCAGAUAAAUCAGAUAAAUUGCUCAGAGCUACUAAUUGUAAUGUGGUUUAUACUAUGGAAAACUAGAAAUAAACUAAAUGUCCUUUAUCGGGGGAUUGGUUAAAUAUAGCCCUUUCAUACAGUAGAAUAUUAUGCAACCAUUAAAAUAACAAUGUAUAUAUAUCAACAUAGAAGUAUGUGUUUGAUAAAAUGUUUACUGAGUGAUUUCAUUUAUGUAAGUUUAUAAUAAACAGACCAAAGCUGGGGACUUCCCUGAUGGUCCAGUGACUGAGACUCCACGCUCCCAAUGCAGGGGGCCUGGGUUUGAUCCCUGGUCGGGGAAACUAGAUCCCACAUGCUGCAACUAAGGGUUCACAUGCUGCAACUAAGAGUUCACACACCACAACGAAGAUCCCGCACGCAGCAACGAAGAUCCCGCGUGCCGCAACUAAGACUUGGCGCAGCCAAAUUAAUUAAUUAAUUAAUUAAUAUUUUUUAAAAAAAACAGAAUUGAGGCACAUCCUAUACUGCUCAAAAUGUGAAGGCCAUGAAAAACAGGUCUGAGGAACUGUUCCAGAUUAAAGGGGGACUAAAGAGACAUGACAACAAAUGUAUGAUCCUGGGUUCCAUCCUGGAACUAUAAGGGACAUUACUGGGACAGUUGGCAGAACUUGAAUAGGAUCUUUUGAUUACAUGGUAAUUUUCCUAAUUUUGAGAAUUGUACUAUGAUUACAUAGAAGAAUUUCCUUAUUUUUAGGAAAUACAUACGGAAGUAUUAAAGUAGCAUAGCUCUGACUUACUCUCAAAUGGCUCAGAAAAUAAUUUAUGUAUGUAUGAGAAAAAGAGACAGAGACAGAGAGAGAAAAUUGGCAAAAUGUAUUAAAAUGUUAUAACUGAAGAAUCUGCAUGAAGGGUAUACAGGAAUUCCUUACACUAUAUUUUCAACUUUCCUGUUAAGUUUUAAACUAUUUCAAAACAAAAAGUUUUAAAAACAAAGAUGCUGGGCCAUAUCUUCCUAGUAUCUAAUAGCUUUAAAAUGUUUGCUUUCUAUUGUUGUAAAGGCUUAUAAGCUGUAGCAUGUAAAAUAGGAUGAAACAAAUGGAGUUAAGAAUGAACUCCAAGCCACUAUGUAGAACAGUAUGGAGGUUUCUUAAAAAAACUAAAAAUGGAAUUACCAUAUGAUCUUGCAAUCCCACUCCUGGGCAUAUAUCCAGAGAAGACUGUAAUUCAAAAAGAUACAUGCACCCCUAUGUUCAUAGCAGCACUAUUCACAAUAGCCAAGACAUGGAAGUAACCUAAGUGUCAAUCAACAGAUGAAUGGGUAAAAGAUGUGGUAUACACAUACAAUGGAAUAUUACUCAGCCAUAAAAAGAAUGAAAUAAUGGGACUUCCCUGGUGGUCCAGUGGGUAAGACUCACUUGCUCCCAACGCAAGGGGCCUGGGUUCAAUCCCUGGUCGGUGAACUAGAUCCCACAUUCAUGCUGCAACUAAAGAGUGCACAUGCUGUAACAAAGAUCCUGCAUGCCGCAAGUAAGACCCGACACAGCCAAAAUAAAUAUUUAAAUAUAUAUAAAUAAAAAAAUUGUUUAAAGAAUGAAAUAAUGCCACUUGCAACAAAUGGAUGGACCUAGAGAUUAUCUUACUAAGUGAAGUAAGUCAUACCGAGAAAGACAAAUAUCAUACGACAUCGCUUAUAUGUGGAAUCUAAAAAAAAAUGAUACAAAUGAAUUUACAAAACAGAAACAGACUUACAGACAUGGAAAACAAACUUAUGGUUACCAAAGGGGAAAGUGGGGGAGAGGUAAAUUAGGAGUCUGGGAUUAACAGAUACACAUUACUAUAUAUAAAACAGAUAAACAACAAGCACCUACUGUAUAGCACAGGAAACUAUAUUCAGUAUCUUGUAAAAACCUAUAAUGGGAAAGAAUCUGGAAAAGUAUAUGUAUAUCUGAAUCACUUUGCUGUACACCUGAAACUAACACAACAUUGUAAAUCAACUAUACUUCAAUUAAAAUUUUUUCUAAUAAAAAUAAAAGUAAUGA